AUGUCGGGCGAAGCGUGGCUCUUCCUCUUCGCGGUCAUCCUCAGUGCCGCGCUGCUCUUCACCAGCGUCUUCUUCAUCAUCAUGUUCUCGGACCUCGAAUGCGACUACCUGAACCCGAUCGACCUGUGCAACAAGCUCAACCAAUUCGUCCUGCCCGAAAUGAUCGCACACGCCUUCAUGACGGUCCUCUUCCUCCUCUCGUUCCAAGUCAUCGCCUUCCUCCUCAACGCGCCCUUGCUCGCCUACAACGUCAACAAGGUCGUCAACCGGAACCACAUGUUUGACGCGACCGAGAUCUUUAGGACGCUCGGGCAGCAUAAGAAGGAAUCGUUCAUCAAGCUCGGCUUCUACCUCAUCUUCUUUUUCUAUGCGCUCUACCGGAUGAUCCUCGCGCUUGUCGCCGAGGACUAG